GAGGGAAAGCGGUUAGCAGGCAUUAAAGCAGGUUUUGCUAUGGGACGGCGGAGAGCGGUCGGCAGUGGGUCGCUGGGCCGGGCCCUUAUCCGUCAUCAAACCCAGCGGACCCGAAGCCACCGUCACUCUGACUCGUGGUUGCACACAAGUGAACUCAAUGAUGGCUAUGAUUGGGGCCGUCUUAACCUUCAGUCAGUGACGGAACAGAGCUCCCUUGAUGACUUUCUCGCAACCGCAGAACUUGCAGGAACUGAGUUUGUAGCUGAGAAGCUUAACAUUAAGUUUGUGCUCCCUGAGGCUAGAACUGGACUAUUGUCUUUUGAGGAGAGUCAGAGAAUUAAGAAACUUCAUGAGGAGAACCGACAGUUCUUAUGUAUACCCAGGAGGCCAAAUUGGGACAAAAAAACUAGUCCAGAAGAACUCAAACAAGCAGAGAAAGAUAACUUCCUGAAAUGGAGGCGUCAACUUGUCCGGCUAGAAGAGGAACAAAAGUUGAUGCUGACUCCAUUUGAGCGCAACUUGGACUUUUGGCGCCAGCUCUGGAGGGUCAUUGAGAGAAGUGAUAUUGUGGUGCAGAUAGUAGACGCUCGAAACCCACUCCUGUUUAGAUGUGAGGAUUUGGAAUGUUAUGUGAAAGAGAUUGAUGCCAAUAAGGAAAACAUUAUUCUGAUAAACAAAGCAGACUUGUUGACUGCUGAGCAGCGCAGCACCUGGGCCACGUACUUUGAAAAGGAAGAGGUGAAGAUUAUUUUCUGGUCAGCUUUGGCAGAAUCCAUUGAACUGAAUACUUUCUCCAAGGAACAAGCCCACAGAGAUGCUGAGGACGCCAGCACAGCUGACUCUGAAAGCUCCAGCUUGGAUGAGAGUGAAAUUCCACACAGUGAGACACACCAUCUCCCAGGCCACAGUUCUCCCUGUCCUAGUGACGAAGACAACAGUGAAUAUGAGGACUGUCAGGAGGAGGAAGAGGAGGACUGGCAGACAUGUUCUGAAGAGGACAGCAACCCUGACGAGGAGGCCUAUACUGAGAACAGGACUGUGGACUCUGAUGCUCAGGGAAAGAAGACCCCACAGAGGAGACAGAUACACAAUUUUAGCCAUCUGGUAUCAAAGCAGGAAUUACUAGAGCUCUUUAAGCAGCUACACACUGGGAGGAAGGUGAAAGAUGGCCAACUUACUGUUGGAUUGGUGGGCUACCCUAAUGUUGGUAAGAGUUCAACCAUCAACACCAUCAUGGGCAACAAGAAAGUAUCCGUGUCUGCCACUCCUGGUCACACCAAACACUUCCAGACUCUCUAUGUGGAGCCUGGCCUCUGCUUAUGUGACUGCCCGGGCCUGGUGAUGCCGUCCUUUGUGUCCACCAAGGCCGAGAUGAUAUGCAAUGGAAUCCUCCCUAUUGACCAGAUGAGAGAUCAUGUCCCACCUGUAUCACUGGUUUGCCAGAAUGUUCCAAGGCGUGUUUUAGAAGCUACCUAUGGUAUUAGCAUCAUAAAGCCUAGAGAAGAUGAAGAUCCUCAUCGACCUCCAACCUCAGAGGAACUGUUGACAGCUUAUGGAUAUAUGCGAGGAUUCAUGACAGCCCAUGGACAGCCAGACCAACCUCGAUCUGCACGCUAUAUCCUAAAGGAUUAUGUCAAAGGUAAACUCCUAUACUGCCACCCUCCUCCUGGAAGAGAUCCUGUGACAUUCCAGCAUCAACACCAGCGACUCCUGGAAAGCAGAAUGAAUGAUGAGAUCAAAAUGCAGCCUGGGGGGAAUAAAAAAGCAAAGCAGAUUGAAAAUGUAGUUGACAAGACUUUUUUCCAUCAAGAGAAUGUGAGAGCUUUGACCAAGGGGGUCCAGGCUGUGAUGGGGUACAAGCCUGGGAGCGGCCUGGUGACUCCAGCUACCUUGAGCGCUGAGAAUGGGGCUGGGAAGCCCUGGAAAAAACACGGCAACAAAAACAAAAAAGAGAAGAGUCGUAGGCUCUACAAGCACCUGGACAUGUAAACAUGGGCAACGGCGGAAAUGGCAUCUGCGUGGUGCAGCCAGGACAGACACUGCUGGUCUCCUGGGGACCAUGCCCAUGGCCCUGGGGUGCAAGAUGCUCUUGGGGGCACAGUGGCUUCUCACCGUAGACAUCUAGAUGGAGGGGCCCCUUGGAACACCAGCUCUGACUACAGCAGUCACCACAGAGCCCUGGGCACCUAGUCCUAUUGGAGGCUGAAGAUGAAUCAUGGGGCUUUGUUUCUGUAAACAUGCACACAAAUACACACCAACUUGUGAGUCAGGGGAAUGUUUCUGUAAAGAUCUUAACAUUAAACUGCCACUAACUAAUGUUUCCAUUGAUCUAAGUAAAUAAACUGCCAUUUGCACAU